GCUGGGUUUGUUGACGUCCAAAUUCGUGUUCACUCGCGGUUGAAAAUAUGGCGAGGAGAGAUCUUUCGAUGACAUUUAGUGAAAUGAGCUCAGAUGAUAUAAGUACGUCUCUGGUAACUGAUGACAUCUCAGCCGAUGAAAGCGAAUUUGACCGGAAGAAGCGUUCUAAAGUGACCAAGCAGUUGAUCGAACGCAAGCAACUUCUUCAUGAUUUGCAGCUGCUAAAAAUCGAACUAUCGCAAAAAAAUCUGACGAUCGACAAUCUAAAUGCCGAGAGCAGUAGCAAGAUAGACGAAUUGGAAGAAAAGCUUGCAGAUGCAAUUCGCGAGAAACAGCUGCUGAGAGCGAAACUCGAAUCCCAGUUGAAGCUACACGAUGAAGACGCAAGGAGGCGGCAACAACAUCUGCAGGGUGAAAUUGAAGCAAUCAUGAAAAGACAACACCAACUAGAGAAAACAAACGCCGAACUCCAGCGAAAAGCAGGCGAUAUCAGACGAAGCAUAAAAGAUAUCGACUUAUCAGAAGAUGAAUAUUACGAAUUGAAAAAUAAAAAAGACGACCAGAUGACUUUAAAAGAAUAUGUUGCUUUGACCUAUCAUGACACAGUAAAUCCUCUUAAAUUCCAAAUUGAAGAUUUAAAAGCUAAAAAUAAAGUUUUGGAACAAGAUAUGAACCAAUACAGAGAUGAUUACCAGAACACCAAGCAGGAUUAUGAGCAAGAAAGGAAAAUACGAAGUGAUCUGGAAGUGAGGUGCCAAAGACUGACCUUGGAAUUGGCAGAUACCAAAUCACAGAUACAGCAAGAUGAUUAUAGACGGGAAAACUAUAGCCGAGUCAAAAGUGAGCGAGAUGAUCUUGAACAUGAUUUCCUAGACGUGCAGAAGCAGUAUAACUACACUGAUGCUGCCUACAAAGCAGUUACAAAGGAACGUGAUGAUCUACUUAAAGACUUGGCUUCAAUUAAACAGACUGUCACUUUACUACAACAAGAUAAAGAGUACCUUACUAGACAGGUAACAGAGUUGAACACAAGAUACCAUCACACUGACGAGCGCCUACAACAAACAUUCACGCAGCUAGACAAUGCUAAAAGAUCUAGAGAGGAAAUGUAUGACAAAUACGUUGAAGCAAGGGAUCAAUUCAAAGCAGAAUAUGAGAAGAAAUUAAGAGAUGAACUUGAUUCUAUCAGAUUGAGAACUGACGGUGAAAUUGACAGAUUAAAGGCCAGUACUAAAGAAAUGUAUGAACGAGAAAACAGGAAUUUACGAGAAGCAAGAGAUAAUGCAGUCUCUGAACGAGACAGAGCACUGUCAGCAGAGAGAGAUACAAACACAAAAUACGAAAGUCUAUUGGCGCAAUACAGACAGGUGCAAGUUGAAGCUGAUAACAAAACUGCUGAUCUUCGAAAUGAAACUAAAUUGAAAACCUUUGAAGCGGAACGCACACAAAUGGUUCAUGAGGAAACGGUGAAGACUUUGAGGCAAUGUCAGUUGGAAAACGAUAAAUAUCAAAAGAAAAUUGAGGUUUUAACACAGGAGUACUACGGUCUACAGAACACUACCCAGAAGAGAAUCACUGAACUGGACACUGAAAACACUGAGAUGAAGACAAAACUGACCACGUAUGAGAAACUAGAACAAGAAUUAGAUGAUGUAGUUAUGCAAGCAGCUGACAUUGAAGAUGAAAGUGAAGCUGAAAGAGUUUUAUUUUCUUAUGGUUAUGGAGCAAAUGUACCAACCACUGCUAAGAGAAGACUUAAACAAAGCGUGCACCUAGCAAGAAGAGUUCUACAGUUGGAGAGAAUGAACACGUCAUUACGAAAAGAUAUUGAAAACGGAAAAAAGAAACUUAAUCAGAUUUCAGAAGAGCUUUCCAAUGCAAAUAAUUUAUUAGACCAAGCACAGCAGCCGUAUAAUUAUUUAAUAGAAAGUAUUAGGAUGAGAGACUCGCAAGUACAGCAACAUAAGAAACACAUUGAAGCCUUGGAGGAAGAUAUGGAGAGGAUGAGUGCUGAGCGAGCAGACCUUGUCAAAAGUAAGAAUCUCAUGUCAGCUGACUUGGAAAGGUUAUUGAACCAAAGAGAGGAAAUGUCUGUGAUGAAGCAAGUUGUGUUGAAUCUAUCUAGUCGUCGUCAUGGUGAUAAACUUUCACAUCAUGUAGAAGCACCAUCAUCUAAAUACAGUCUACAUAUCCCAGAACACGAUUAUGAUGAUGAACCAUCUCCCACUAUUUUUACAAAUCAAGACCCCCCAAAAUGGUACAGGAAAUUAAAAGAUCGUAGUGCUUCUGAAAGAAGUAAAUACUCCACCGUCUAUGCCAGUGCUAGAUGAAGAUAAGAUUUACCGAUUACACGUAUAAGAUUUUGAAAUGAUGUCUUACAUGACAUUUAAAUUGGGAUAGACUUGUGGUAAAUAUGAUAACAGGUUCCGAAAUAAUCGCUGUUACCAGGGAAACGAUGAUGGGUUGGGAUAAAUGAGAUAUGCAACCUUUGAUGUCCAUUUCGUCUUGUAAUGCUUUCUCUCACCAGUAUUUAGUGAUAGUUUGGUCUGUAUAGUGUAUGAUUAGAUUACUUUUCACACAUUUCUAUGACACAGUGAUGCUACAACCUUGAACCUUGAUGGACGUAAUUUUAUUUAUCUACAUUUUCAAAUGUGGUAAUCAGAAUUCAGCGAACAGUCUUCUCUGAAACCCCACGACAGAUAGCUACAAAGCUUAUUUUGAUAACUAUAUUAGCUUCUAAAAAGUUGAUUGAUUUAAUUCAUAAAGCCUUUAGUUUUUGUUACUUCUACAAUACCAUAUAGGCAUGACAUUUGUUGAACCCCACGCAUGGUUUUGGAUGGCACCACAAUGUUAUCACUUUAAUAAACAAUAUCAGUCAUCCAGCGACUACAUUUGAGAGGAAAUUCCCAGCAUGCAAUGUCCAACCUAGAUUAUUUUACUUGCCUUGGUUCUUGGUGAAGCUGUUGUGUUUCAUCACAUUUGCAUGUGUGGUAAGAUUAGGUCACCAUUAAUUCAAGUAGGUUGUAUGGUUUGGUUUAACGGACCUAGGAAAACACAGAUUCUAGGCUAAUUUAUUAAUGGAUGCAUGCAUGCAUGCAGUCUACACUCAAUCUAAAUGGUGUUAACUAGUUCCAAAGCUGAAAUUAAAGGAUUUGUUAAUUUUCAAACUAAAUUCCGCUUUAGCACAGUGUAAAAUUGAUGUAAAAGACAUACUGUGGGGAUCACACAUGCUA